UAGAAUCUAUGGUCACGUGUUUGAUGGGCUGAUGAACAUGUGCUCAGUCAAAGUCAAUGACUCAGUCCUACACCUGCUCCUCUGAGAUCUAACCAUUGUCCACACAGCAAUAACACCAUUCAGCAUGUUGCAUCUGUUAUUGUCUAACCAAGCUCUCUGGCUGAGGCUGUGAGAACCUUCAGCCAGACCAAGACCCACACAUUCAUAUGGAGAUGUGGGACUAUAAAUAGGAGGGAUGAAGCCAGCAGAGAUCAGACUCUCUCUACAGAGACCUCUACAGCACACAGAUCCAGACAUGGCACCUACAAUCACUGCAGCAAUGACCAACUCUCAGGAGCAUCUGACUCUGAUUCACAAGCUCAGAAAGCCUCUGGUGGAGAAGUUACGCAGAGAGCGAAUCAACAGCAGCAUUGAGCAGCUCAAGUCUCUCCUGGGUCCAGAGUUCCUCAAACAGCAGCCAGACUCCAAGCUGGAGAAAGCAGACAUCCUGGAGAUGACAGUUUGCUUCCUGACAGAGCUGCAGCAGCAGAGUCAACAGCAGAGAAGACUGCUGAACCACUUCAACAGGCUGCAGUCCUCCUCUGAUAAGAACCUGAGAGAGGCUGACUUCUCUCCUCUGAGCUCCUCAGUCCAGACCAGCAUCACCAAAGACAAGAGUCCAGUCAACAGCGCCCUCUGGAGGCCGUGGUAGACACUUACAGACUGGAGUCACUACCAGACAAACUGAGAUGACCAUGUUGGUCAAAGAUUACUGAACUGAAUUCUAUGAAAUUGAAGGACUUGUUCUUCUGUA